AUGCUACCACCAAUCCCGGUCCUUGCCGACUAUGGCAUCUCUCCCGAGCAUGGCUUCCUUCCUCCAACCACGCCGUUGCAGGCGCUGCCUAAUCCAUACUAUGCCAAGUGGGAAUCGAUAGUCUCCAAUCUACAGGCUCUGUUGCUCAGCAGGAGACUUCGUUCGACCAUUGACAGUCUGCCGGUACUUUCAACCUCCUACCUUCGCACAGACGCGGAAUGGCGACGGGCAUAUGUCGUCCUGAUUUUCAUGCUUCACGGAUACAUAUGGGGCGGUGAUAUCCCCGCAGAGAGAAUACCCCCUCCUAUCAGUAUCCCGCUCCUGAAGGUGUGCGACUAUCUAGAAGUGCCGCCUGUUGCUACAUACGCUGGACUUUGCCUAUGGAACUACCGACCCAUCUGCUCUGACGAGCCUGUCGACAAGCUGGAGAACCUUGCAUGCAUAAACACCUUUACGGGGUCCUUGGAUGAACAGUGGUUUUAUCUGGUCUCAGUCGCCAUCGAAGCCCGGGGCGCCCCAACGCUGCCCCUGAUGCUGAAGGCCAUUGCGGCUGCUCGGAUCGACAACAGCCGAAUCGUGACAGAAUGCCUGCAGGAAUUUGCCGAAAGAUUAGAUGAAAUCUCUUCUCUCCUGCAGAGAAUGUACGAACACUGCGACCCCCACGUAUUCUACCAUCGAAUUCGACCGUUUCUAGCAGGGAGCAAGAAUAUGGGAGACGCAGGGCUUCCUCAUGGCGUGAUAUACGACGACGGCAGUGGGAAGCAAGAAUACCGACAAUAUGGGGGCGGCAGCAACGCCCAGAGCUCGAUCAUUCAGUUUUUCGACAUCGUUUUGGGAAUUGAGCACCGCCCUACCGGAGUGACUCGGGACGACGAUCCCUCUCUGAACGAUGCGGAUGGGGUGGCUCCCAAGCCUCGUCAUAACUUCAUCCAAGAAAUGAGAGAGUACAUGCCAGGGCCGCACCGUCGCUUUCUGGAGCAUGUUGCCAGCGUGGCCAACAUUCGUGAAUACGUGCAAGCCCGAGUAUCCGACAAGGCGCUAUGCAUCGCUUAUGAUGCAUGUCUGGCGAUGUUGCGAGAGCUUCGAGACAAACAUAUCCAGAUGGUGUCCCGCUAUAUCAUCAUCAAGUCCCGAGAGUCUCGUUCUUCUCGGUCGGUCAGCCCGCAGGCGGCGCGGUCGGCCGUGAACCUUGCGAACGUGAAGCAUACCGAUGGUGGUAUGAACAAGCGGAAAUUGCGAGGAACCGGUGGAACAGCAUUGAUUCCUUUCUUGAAACAGGCGCGCGAUGAGACAGGGGAGCCGGCCAUCGAUGCUUGGGCGCGACGGCUGCUGAGCAAUGGGCCUGGCGACGCCAAGUUCGCGGCCUUGGGCAAGGUGGACGAGCAUGCGGAUGGUCAGCUGGAGGUUGUUGGCAUGGCGGGCACCUGGGCAAUGGAUGACAGCGAAGGUGGUAUAUGUCAUUGGUGA